GGAAGGUAGGUGCUUGCUUGCUUGCUCACUUGCCGCCUGUCAAAACUCUCUUUCCUGCGGCCCCACAUCUGCGCCCGUCGGCGCCUGAGCUCCGCAAGCGCAACGUGCUGUCUCGAGAGUGGAUCCGAAUUAGACUGUGGGACGGCUAGCGCUCCCCACGAGUGCCUCUCGGCACGCUUUGUUCCCCUCAGCCCUCUCGCGCUCAACCCCUGACCGGCGGAGACCAGGCCCUUUUGGCAGUCAGACCCAGGAUGAGAGCGAGGCAGUCGGCAUUUGCGCAAGCAUAAGGCACAGUAGGCACGAGAUGAUACAGUCGAGGUGAUAAACAGCUAUCGGUGUUGCCGAAGGCGGAGACGACAGGCGGAAUCGUGAGCGUUGGUAUAAGACCUUGGAUGCCGAGGAGGCCUGCCAAUAUCUGCUUUCCCCUCAUCCUCUUCAUCACUCAUCGUGCAGUGUGACCUCCUUCCCCUCUCCUUUCCGCCACGAUGCGUCUCCUCUCCUCUUCCCUCACGCUCAUUGCCACCACACUCCUCUCCACCUCGUCCCUUGCGGCUCCCACAGCCACAACAGCCAAGAACAUCGGCGACACCCCGUCAAAGAGCAACGACUUCUCAUCCACUGCCCCUCCAACCUCUCAGCUGCCCUUCCCCAUCUCCGUCUACUCCCAAGCAGCAGGCCUAGCUCAGCAGACUUACUGCAACAACAGCAAGGCAGGCCUCACCAUCGGCGACGCCAAGCUGCUUUGGACCUACGGCGACGGAGAUGCGCAGCAGCGUGUGAACAUCUACAACUCGUCUUCGCUGGGCCUGAGCGUAGCGUGGGAGGGGACCAACACCAGCUCGGUCCACUCGAUCGCCUACGACGUCGAGUUCGUUCCCGUGCCUGGAGACACGGUCCUCGACCUCCCAUUCGGCUCACUCGUGGACGCUGGCUUCCAGGGAGCCUUCCUGAGCUCCUGGAAGCAGGUCAAAGAGCAACUCGCUGCUCGCGGGGCAGGGAACAGCUCUACGAGCAACAAGGUGACCAUCAUCGGCCACUCGCUCGGUGCUUCGCAGGCAUCCCUCGGCGCUCUGGCCGUAGAGCAUGCCUUUGGAUCUGGGUCCGUCUCCCGUGCCGUCCUGUACGGCCUGCCGCGCGUAGGCAACAAGGUCUACGCCGACCACGUCGACAAGGUGUUCGCGCCUACCGAGGAGAAGAGGCGAUGGAGCUACGUCGUCUCUGGAAAGGACUUUGUGCCUCACGUCCCGCCUAGGCUGAUCGGGUAUCAGCAUCCCGCUGGUCAAGUGUGGAUCAACCCGGCUAACACCACGAGCUGGAUGUACUACCCUGGCCAGGAGAAUGUGAAGGGAGCGAACACCGUACUGGCGCCGCCGUUGAGCUUCGACGACCACGAGGGCGUCUACAUGCACACGCAGAUCGGUGCUAGUCUGGGUCAUUGCCCGGCUACAGUAGGCCAAGAUUGAGCUGAGUGUGCACUCACGAUGCGUCGCCUCAGGCGAAACGCGAGCUGUCAGGCGUUUAUGUCGGUCAGGAUUGCUCAGGCAUGAAUAGAGAUGCUGCUGUCCUGCCCUGUACAACAAUGUGGCCUAUCAAUUAUAAUUUGCUAUCAAGAGGACCCGA